GGAUUGUUGCAAGCUUAUAGCCCCGCCCGUCAUGCUGCAAAAGAUGCAAGUGGUGGUUUACAAUUUACAAAAUGAUCCCAUCUAUAUAUACACAGAUCGCUGUAUCGAAAUUAUCGCAAAAUGAAUGAGCUAAAGGGCUUGUGAACAUUUGGACUUUUGGGAGCAGUGAAACCGGCGGCUCUUAGAGUUGUGGAUAAAGCAACAAUUAAGUGUUUGAAUUUUUCCUCAAAAUUGGUCAACCUUAUUUUUAGAAAAAUUCGCUGCUUCAAGCUCUAUAAAUAAUAUACGGAAAAAGAAAUAAGAAAAUUCAAAAAAGAGUAUCUGGACUCAUCAGCACUACCAUGUAAACUUCCUUCUGAAUUUGAUGCUAGCGGCUAGCUGCUGAGCGCAUUAAGGAAUUCCAUUGUCCAGCUAUGUCUGACGUGGAAGGAGAUGCUGCUCCCGCUCCGGCGCCCGUGAUGGGCGGCGAGGCGAUGGACAUCCACACGGCCGUCCAGGAGGUGCUCAAGAACGCCAUGGUGGUGGACGGCCUGGUGCGUGGACUGCGCGAGGCCGUCAAGGCCCUCGACAAGAGGAAGGCCCACCUGUGCAUCCUGGCCGCCAACUGCGACGAGCCCAGCUACGUGAAGCUGGUCGAGGCCCUCUGCGUGGAGCACAACAUCCCCAUGUUCAAGGUGGACAACAACAAGAAGCUGGGCGAGUGGUCGGGCCUGUGCAAGAUCGACCGCGAGGGCACCGCCCGUAAGGUGGUGGGCUGCUCGUGCGUGGUCAUCUGCGACUGGGGCCGAGAGACCCAGGCGCUAGACGUGCUCAUGGACUACCUGAAGAAGAAGGGCCGCAACUGAGCACGCCCAGACGGAGGGCCGAUGGACACGCCACUGUUUUAUCGCCUCGCCCCGCCGCCGUCCCGGCCGGAGCGCGCACCACCGUGACCGCGCUCCGGCCGGCGUCACGGAGCGUCGGGUAAUACAAAAAAAAAGAGAAAAACUGCA